AUGGUGAAAUCGUACCAAAGAUUUGAGCAGAGUGCAGUAUUUGGUGUUAUAAGCUCUGAAGCGAAUAAUGUUUGGCUGCCACCUUUGAAAGGGAGGAGCAGUGGAAGUCCUGGGCAAAUUAUCACCAGUGCGCUCGAAAACGUUAAUAUUUGGGACAUCAAGACUGGAGAACUCAUUGCGCAGCUACAGGAUGGCAUAACUCCUGGUUCUGCAGACUCAAAGGUGAAUACAAAACCCGCAGAGGUCACUUUCUUACAGUACCACCCGGAUUCAAGUCUACUGGCCGUUGGUUACAGAGACGGUAACAUCAAAGUCUGGGAUUUGGUUUCCAAGACUGUUCUGAUUAACCUGAAUGGACACAAAUCCUCCAUCACUGUCCUAAAAUUUGACGUCAACUGUACCAGACUAGUAUCUGGGUCCAGCGACUCCAAUAUCAUUAUCUGGGAUUUAGUUUCUGAAGUCGGUAUCUGUAAAUUGAGAUCCCACAAAGACAGAAUUAGUGAUUUAUACGUUGACGAUGACUUCAAUUGGCUAUUGAGUGUAUCGAAGGAUGGUCUUAUAAAGGUUUGGGACUUGAAGACUAACCAGUGUGUGGAAACUCACAUUGCCCAUACUGGGGAAUGUUGGUCGCUUGGGAUUAAAGAUGAUGUUGUGAUCACCACUUCCAACACUUCUCAAAUUAAAUUAUGGAGUCUGGAUUUGGACGGUGAAGUUGGGUCCAAGUUGAUAGAGAAAGGUGUUUACGAGAAACAAAGUAAACAACGCGGCACAUCAGUCAAAUUCAUUGAAAACUCGUCUGGCGUAGCCUUCUUUGCAAUUGGUAAUGCCGAUAAAACUAUUGAAAUCUUCAGAAUCAGGCCACAGGAAGAAAUCACGAGAGCACUAAAGAAAAGGGAGAAAAGACUGAAAGAAAAGGGCAUGGAGGAUGAGGAUAUACAACAGAAUAUUAAAGAAUCAUUUGUCUCUACGAUGAUGCAUUCCUUUCAAACUGUGAGAUCCGCCUUUAAAUUGAAGUCUUUCUCGUGGACCUUUGCAACAAACUCGAAGCUCGAACUUGUCGCGACAACUUCAAGCAAUACCAUCGAGUACUACACGAUAGCCUAUGAAAAGAGAGAGCCAACUCAGCCAGCCCCUAAUAGACUGUACACUAUAGAACUUCAAGGUUUAAGAACGGACAUACGUGCCACUGACAUUAGCGAUGACAACAUGUUACUGGCCACUGCGUCCAAUGGACUGUUGAAAAUCUGGAAUCUGAGAACCAAACAGUGUAUUAGAACUUUUGACUGUGGCUAUGCAUUGACGUGUAAAUUUCUACCAGGUGGGUUACUUGUAAUUUUAGGUACAAGGAACGGUGAGUUGCAACUCUUUGACCUGGCGUCAUCCACCCAAAUUGAAAAUAUAGAGGGGGCGCACGACGCCGCCAUAUGGUCUUUGGAUCUCACAAGUAAUGGUAAGAGGCUGGUCACCGGUUCUGCUGAUAAGACUGUGAAGUUUUGGGAUUUCCAAUUAGAGCAGCUCCCAAUAGAGGGCACUAGUGGCAAAUCGGAGUCCAAAUUAACUUUAAACCACGAUACAACUCUCGAGUUGAAUGAUGACGUGCUAUGCGUUAAGAUUUCGCCCGAAGAUAAACAUUUGGCGGUCUCUUUACUUGAUAACACUGUCAAAAUAUUCUUCCUAGACACCAUGAAAUUUUUCUUGAGUUUGUACGGGCACAAGCUUCCUGUUUUAUCUAUCGACAUAUCGUUUGAUUCUAAAAUGGUUAUAACGUCUUCUGCGGAUAAGAACAUUAAGAUUUGGGGUCUUGACUUUGGUGAUUGUCACAAGUCCUUAUUCGCACAUCAAGAUUCAAUCAUGAACGUUAAGUUCCUACCGGAAUCACAUAACUUUUUCAGUUGUUCAAAGGAUGGUCAGGUGAAAUACUGGGAUGGUGACAAGUUUGAAUGUGUCCAAAAGUUGGUGAGUCACCAAAGUGAAGUGUGGUGCCUCGCCAUGGGCCUAGAUGGUUCAUUUGUUGUUUCCACAUCUCAUGACCAUAGUAUCAGGAUAUGGCAGGAGACUGAAGAUCAGGUUUUCCUGGAGGAAGAAAGGGAAAAAGAAAUGGAGGAACAGUACGAGGAAACUUUGUUGAACUCGUUGGAGGAGGGGACCGGGGAUGAUGCAUUCAAGAAGGAUAGUGUGGACGGAGAGGGCGACGAGGCGACUGACGUUCACAAGCAAACCAUAGAGUCGUUGAAAGCUAACGAAAAACUGAUGGACGCACUAGACCUAGGUUUGACUGAGAUUGAAGCGAUGGAGAGGUACAACAGUGACAUGGCACUUUGGAAGAAGAAGAAGAUUGGUUCUGAAAUGCCCGUCAAACCGUCAGGUAAUGCUGUGCUGCUAGCGGUCAAGAAGUCGCCCGAGCAGUACAUUAUGGAAACGCUGGCAAGAAUCAAACCGUCGCAACUGGAGGACGCGUUGCUGAUCCUGCCGUUCUCGUACGUGCUAAAAUUUUUGAAAUUCAUCGAUAUAGUGUUGAAGAACAAGAAAAUGUUGCACAACUAUCUCGCUUUGAUCUGCAAAAACCUGUUUUUCAUCGUGAGAACGAACCAUAAGGAACUAAUCUCGCAGAAGAAUGAGGAAUUGAAGUUACAAAUCACGCGGGUGAAGCAAGAACUCAGAAACACGCUGAAGCAGAACGAGGACGCCCUCGGGUUCAACAUCCAGGGGCUCAAAUUCAUCAAGCAGCAAUGGGAUUUGAAGCAUAAUUUCGAGUUCGUCGACGAGUACGACCAACGCAUACAAGAGGAGAAGAAGGCGAAGAAGAGAAUUUUUGAAACUUUGGUCUGA